AUGUCUGACGGCAAAAGAGAAGAAGAAGAAGAUUGGCCCAUCCCCGGUAACGUCAGUCUCGGCUAUGGUCCUUCAACCUAUGGCGCUCCCACCGAAGACACUACCCCUGCCCCGUCAGAAAGUGUUGAUGAGCCUGAUACCGCGCCCCUCGACCCGUCAGCAAAUACCGGCGGCGGGGCCGAGAGCCGUGAGGGUAGUACGCAAUUCAUAAUGAGCCCCACUCAUUGGGAAGAGAUGAGGAAGGCUUGCCACACUUUUAUUAAAGAGGUGGAGGGACAGCCAGAGAACGAGGUGGAUCCCACUGACGAAACGACGAAAGCCCUUGCCGCUCUCAACUACACCACCCCCUCAAACCUGAACCCUACUAUUUCGGAGCAGUCCAUCGUAGCCGCCGCAUACUACGAUACUUGGAAUCCUCCUUUCAGGAGCUUUGAACGAAACAGGAAGCCUGAGUUUGACUAUGUCACGGCAAGGACGAUAUUUUUUUGUAGGGAAGAGCCGAAUGAGGUGGUAUGGCUGGCCGCGUAUGGGGGGUCAGUUGCUCGGCUCAGGAGUAGGCGUGACUUUGCUUGA